GCUUCGGGUCCCGGGCGGUGGGCACGCGCCGCCGUGGAAAGUCAACACGCAGGCGCGGGAGCCUCCCCGUUAAGGGCACGCGCUGCCGAGGCGCUGGCGCGCAGGUGUCUCGUCGGGGGCGGGGCCUGUGAGUCAGGCAGUGGAUAUCCGGUUCCGGGAGCAACGAACAGCCGCGGAGGCGACAGCUACCGUUUUAGAGGAGGCGGCAGCGGAGGAGGAAGAAGGGAGUAGGGCAAGGCGGGAGGCACAGGAGGGACCCUUACCAUGGAUCCACGGGCCUAGAACGGCGGAAGCUGCCGGCCUGGUGCCGAGCUGGCUGCUGCUAAUUCCCGUGGCCUCCAUGGCUGAGGACUGGCUGGACUGCCCAGCCUUGGGCCCUGGCUGGAAGCGCCGUGAGGUCUUUCGCAAGUCAGGGGCCACCUGCGGGCGCUCAGACACCUAUUACCAGAGCCCCACAGGAGACAGGAUCCGAAGCAAAGUUGAGCUGACCCGAUACCUGGGCCCUGAAUGUGACCUCACCCUUUUUGACUUCAAACAAGGCAUCUUGUGCUAUCCAGCCCCCAAGACACAUUCAUUGGCCGUCCCCAGCAAAAAGCAAAAGAAACCUUCAAAACCAGCUAAGACAAAGAAACGCCAGGUUGGACCCCAGAAGAAUGAGAUUAGGAAGGAGGCUCCACAGGAUGAAACCAAGGCUGAUGCUAACACAGCCCCAGCUUCAGUCCCUGCGCCUGGAUGCUGUGAAAACUGUGGAAUCAGCUUCUCAGGGGAUGGUACUGGAAGGCGGCGGCUCAAGACUUUGUGCAAGGACUGCCGAGCGCAGAGAAUUGCCUUCAACCGGGAACAGAGAAUGUUUAAGCGUGUAGGCUGUGGGGAGUGUGCAGCAUGCCAGGUAACUGAAGACUGUGGGGCCUGCUCCACCUGCCUCCUGCAGCUGCCCCAUGAUGUGGCCUCAGGGCUAUUCUGCAAGUGUGAGCGGAGACGCUGUCUCCGAAUUGUGGAAAGGAGCCGAGGGUGUGGAGUAUGCCGGGGCUGUCAGACCCAAGAGGACUGUGGCCGUUGCCGCAUCUGCCUUCGUCCUCCCCGCCCUGGUCUCAGGCGUCAGUGGAAGUGUGUCCAGCGACGCUGCCUACGGCACCUUGCCGACCGCCUUCGUCGCCGCCAUCAACGAGGUCAGCGACGCCCUCCCUUGGCUGUGGCUCCCCCCGCUGGUAAACGUGGCCGCCGCAGGGGGAGCUGUGACUCCAAGAUGGCUGCCCGGCGGCGUUCCCGAGCCCAGCCACUGCCUCCAUCUCCCCCAUCACAUCCCACAGAGGACACAGAGCUGCACCCCAAAGCCCUGGCCCCCUCGCCACCUGCUGAGUUCAUCUAUUACUGUGUAGAGGAGGACGAUCUACAGCCCUACACGAACCGCCGGCAGAACCGCAAGUGCGGGGCCUGUGCAGCCUGCCUACGGUGGAUGGACUGUGGCCGCUGCGACUUCUGCUGCGACAAGCCCAAAUUCGGGGGCAGCAACCAGAAGCGCCAGAAGUGUCGUUGGCGCCAAUGCCUGCAGUUUGCCAUGAAGCGGCUGCUGCCAAGUGUCUGGUCAGAGUCUGAUGAUGGGGCAGGAUCGCCCCCACCUUGCCGUCGUCGAAAGAGGCCCAGCUCUGCCCGACGAUCCCAUCUGGGCCCCACUCUGAAGCACGGCUUGACUACACGUACAGGCAGACCAGGCCAUACUCAUUCUUCAAUGAAGCAGGAAGUAGGUGGUGGCUUUGUGUUGCCUCCGCCGGGCACUGACCUUGUGUUUUUACGGGAGGGUGCAAGCAGUCCCGUGCAAGUGCCAGGCCCUGCUGCGGCUUCCACAGAGGCCUUGUUGCAGGAGGCCCAGUGCUCUGGCCUGAGUUGGGUUGUAGCUUUACCCCAGGUGAAGCAAGAGAAGCCAGAUGCCCAGGAAGAGUGGACGCCAGGCACAGCUGUCCUGACUUCUCCCAUAUUGGUGUCUGGCUGCCCCAGCAAGGCAGUAGACCCAGGUGUGUUGUCUGUGAAGCAAGAGCCACCUGACCCUGAUGAGGACAAGGAAGAGGAGAACAAGGAUGACUCUGCCUCCAAAUCAGCCCCAGAGGAGGAGGAGGCAGGAGGGGCUGGCACACCUGUGAUCACGGAGAUUUUCAGCCUGGGUGGAACUCGCUUCCGGGACACAGCAAUCUGGUUGCCAAGCUGCUGCGCAGAACUGUCCCUGUAGGCCUGGCAUAGGAUGAAGGGUAGGUGCCUGUAAGGACUGGGAUGGUGGGAGGAGGACAGGGGAAUGUGGCUUCCUGAAGAAUGUUGACAGGCCCUGCGCGUAUGUUCACUGGAAACAAACUGUUGGCCUAAGCACUUGGAGUCCUUUGCCCCUAAAAACCAAUUCCAACAGGCCAGAAAUCCCUCCAUCUGUACUUGGGUGACUGUAGAGGUACUGAUUGAGGUCUUGCUAGGUAGACAGCAGCAUGGGAGACCCAGCAGUGAGUACAGUGAGUCCUGGAAGGCUUAUCCUUUAGGAGACACAGAUCCCUACCCUCAGGGAGCUUAUAAUGUAACUGUGAACACGGUCCAUUGUUAACAAAGAAUGUGUUGUGCUAUCAGUAAUGAUAGUUUCUAAGAGACCAAAAAGGGAUACAGGAUAAUUAAGGGUACAUGGGAUAGAGGAUACACAAUAGUAGGAAAUGGUUUUGUGAUGCUCCAUUUUGCACAUAGCAAACCGCAUUCAACAUACAGACCUGCUCCCUCUUCUCUAGGUCCAAGGACCUUAAAAAACCUGGAGGUAGAAAGCAGUAGACUGGAGGCUUCUGCAGACUUUAGGAUUCAAGGUGAUAUUUGCAGACCGGCUUUUUGAGAGACAACACUGAUGUACUAGGGGCUUGAUCCUACAUUGAUUGCCAGGGCUUGUGUGUGAAUCAACCCUAGGAGGAAAAACCUACUACCAAACCAGAGGAGCAGGCCUAACAGUACUUGACCUUAUAGAAGAAGUAAGCGGGAGAGGAAGAGAAAGAGUAGAAAGUUGGUGCAUCUGCUCCUCCCCAAGAACGUUGGAUAUUAUGGGUGAGGGAACUGGGGUGGGGAAAGGGAAUAUAACUAAAGCCACAACAAAACAACCUAAACGGGCAUCUGUAUAACAUAAAGAAUUUAAGUGGCUUUUGGAUGAGACCUGGCAAUGUCUCUAAAUAUUUCCUCAGGGAGAUAGCAAUUGCAAAUGUAAUGUGAAAAAAUGAGGAAAGGAAAGGAACUGCUAUUUGCAUGUUCCUCCUAUGGACCCGAUUUAUUUAAUCCCUAAAUCAGUCUUUUAAGGAAGACAUUGAUUUUGCCUAUUUUUGCAAAUGGGAAAACUGAGACUCAAAGAAGUUAAUUUGUCCGAUGUUAAUAGUAUUAGUAGAGCCUAGAAUUAAACCUGGGUUGUAAAGGCCAUAUUCUUUAAACCACUAAACUGUAAACUGUAAUUCUGUAUCCAACAAUGUGUAAUUUUACAAGAACAGGAGUUUUCAUUGACCUUGAAAACACACAAUGGAUUACUAUAAAUACUAUAAUAAAUCCCGUAUACUUCUGUCUCCAGUAUGGUUUAGGGAGUGCCAAGGCUGCAUAUGGAAAGGGUUCAUCUUGUUGGAGCAUCUGGAUUCUCUGCACAUUUGGGUUCUCCGCAGGCCCCAUGUGUUGCAUUGGAUUCCUCAAACCCUACAGGAUAUCCUUCCCUGCUGUCUGCUGUCCAUUCUGCUUGUUACCCUGACUCCCCUUCCUUAGCCAAGGCAGUCUUUGGAACUAAAGCUGCCAGCCUGGCUUGUCUUUCCUAACAACAUCUAUCUCCUGCCCUCUGAUGGCCUGUGUGCUUGGUUUCUUCCCCUCAGCCCAAAUGUCUACUAGGAGGCUGAAUUCCUACUCCGAGUCCAGCCCAAGGGCCAGUGUUGGCUCAGCCCUACAUCACUUUUUCCAAUUCUUCAUUCUUAAAGUGCCAAAAAGAUUAGCCAGCUUUACAGGGCCAGGACUGAGUGAGUGUCUCCUUAAGUUUUGUACCCUAUAUGCCUACCUUGCCUUACCCUAGUCCCAGCCUUUGCAGCUUUAGGUUAAUUCAGAUAUGGAUUAGCUAUUUCCCAAUUUUAGCUCAUAAGACAGGACCCUCUGCCCCUUCCUUUGCUUCACCCUACCUAGUUCAGCCCUAGUCAAGACUGGAUAAUCUGGUACAGCUUUGUUCCCCCAGGACCUAAACAACCCUGGUAUUGUUUUGACAAUGAUCUAAGUCAGCGGUUCUCAACCUAUGGGUCACAACCCACAGGAACUGUAUUAAAGGAUUGUGGCAUUAGGAAGGUUGAGAACCACCGAUCUAAGUGAAAUUUAUUUGAUUGGCAUUUUGAAGAAUAUGUUUUCCAUGUAUAUUAGGGUUCAAUCACAAAAGCAGAACCACUAAGAUAAAGAUUAUGUAUAUAUGUAUUUUAAUGGAUUUAUUAUAGAGACUUGACCUCACAUAAUUUUGGGAGCUGGUUAAACAGUCUCUGUAAGGCUGUUUUCUUUGUAUCUAAUGUUGGAGCUUGAAGUCUGCAGGGCAGGCAGUCGGGAAGGGAAGAUGGAUGUAAAGUGUGGGAGAUUGAGAACACAGCGGCGCCCACGAGCACAAGCUGGAACCCAAGAGGAUGGCCUGCAACCCAUGUCAGUCUCUCACCACCUUCAGCUUCGAUGAUGUGGGUGUCCUGUAGAAGAAGUUGGUGCCCUUCCUCACAGAGUUAAAUAUGCAUAUGGCCUGGGAAUUAGAGAAGCUGAAGGAAGAUCCUGGGGAAGGUAGAGCAGCUGUAGGCCUGGCUGCAGGCCUGACUGCUGCCCCACACCAAAGGGGUAAGCCAGCAGAUAAAUGACAACAUCCCUGAACUGCAACAGCAUCUGGUGCCCCUGCACCGACCUUCCACAUGUAAAAAGAGUAUGCUGCUGCUUCACUUCUGCCCUCCAUUUAUUAGGCAAAAUGUCUCUUGUGGCCCAUCUUAACUGGAAGCAUACAGGGAAGGGAGUUCUGGGAAUCAUAGCCUAGCCAUGGUGACACAUUGCAAAGCCACCUUGCCAUGGAUCAGCUCCCAAGGGUCUCACUACUCACCUGAGGAUACUCGAUAAAACUACAUUUCUGAAAAUGCAAAGCUGAAGACCAGGGAUUUCAUGGUGAUCCCAGCAAGUACAGAAAUUCUGUCAAGCCCACCUGGAAAAAACUUGCUGGUCUUGGCUAUUUUUGUGUCAUUCAUUUAAAUCUUGAGAACGUGGCUCAUGGUAGGCACUUAUACUUAAUACCAGGAUACAGAAAUGAAAAAGAUGGUCCAUGCAAUUUUAUUAAAUGAAUCAGUAUGUAUUACAAAUGAAUAGAUUUCCAACUUUAUCGUGGAAUUUAAUGUUAAAAAUAUAGAAUUCAGGAAAUUAUCAAGAAGAUAAUCCUUGUGUGAACCUUGUUUGGGGCACAGUAGGAAUUGGAAAUACUUUAGUUUCUAUCUCUGAGCUGUUCUAUUUUAAAAUUAUUUUUAAAUGAUCCUUAUUGUUCCAUUUA